AUAGGAAAGAACAUAUAUUGUUAAAACAAUUAAAUACUGAAUGUGAAUUUAACCACAAGGUACUUAAUAUAAUGAUUCAUUUGUUUUUUCUUUGACAGAAAGGAUUCAUUAGAAAAUUUGUUGUAAACAAGAAAUACUAAAGAUUUUCAUUUUAUUUGAUUCACUUAAAAACUUUUUUCCACUGAAAGAAUGAUAUUCCAAACUUAUGAUUCCAGUAUUUAAAAACUGACUCUUGUUUAUAUAAAUGUGUCUUAAUACAUCAUGUUUGGUAAAUUUGUUACAAAAUUAAUACAAUCAUUGCCAACAUGGGAAGUAACUAAAUAUUAUGGGAGAGUGUGUAUAUAUCAAUUAAAAUGUUUGAAAUAUAGAGUUCAAACAAGUGAAGCAUGGUUUAAUUUCAAAUGCAAAUUUAUGCCAGGUACUUUGCGUAAAGAAAUAGAAUGUGAAGAUUAUGUUGAACCCAGAGUUAGCAAUAAGUCUAAACAACAGAAAGAACAACUAAAAGUGACAUCUGAGAGAGAAUCGCAAGAUACAGUUCAAUAUAAUGCAAAGGAUCAUAAAAGCAUACCAACUUCACUCAAGGAAUUAAAAGAUAAUUACAUUAUUGAUGAAUUAAUAGAUUCAAAAAAGCAGAAAAAGCAAGGAAAGAAGAGAUGUCAAGAAAAUAACAAAUAUCCUAUACAUGAAGAUUAUGUGACAAAGAAAGAAAGAAAAGUAAAACGUGCUCAAUGAUUUUCAUGGUAGAUUAGAAGAAUUUUUAGUUUGGAACCUCUGCGACAUUCUCCCAAAAUUACAAAAAAGUUUCAGAAAUGAUUACCUUUUAUUAAUUGUAUUUGUAUAUAAUAUUAAAUAAUGUUUAAUAUUUGAAAAUAAUGAAG